AGAGAGAGAGAGAGAGAGAGAGAGAGAGAGAGAGAGAGGGGAAGAUCCUGUUGAAGACUUCCUGAAUGGGCCACAAUGCCGGAGUGGACAAGAACAACAGCAGGAGAAGAAUGAGACUUCACCAACACACAGGUGCCCAGUUUCUGUUCUCCCAAUUGGAUACGUUGAGAAUGGAUGAGGAUUCUGUUCUGCCAGGCGUGUAUGUCGUCCAGCAUGAAAGUCAGCUUGUGAAAAGGGAUCUAUGAAGAUAGCGCCACAAGUCUUCAGCUGAUGCACCUCUCCAAGACUUACCUAUUAGAAAGAAAAGUUCGGUCUAAAGGAGCUUCAAAGGAUAGACAAAAUGUGUCAUGUCAUUGUAACAUGCCGGUCUAUGCUUUGGACCUUGUUGAGCAUUGUGGUGGCUUUUGCUGAGCUAGUGGCCAUCAUGAGUCCUGAUUGGUUAGUCGGGAUACACCACCCUUCUCAGUACAAUGCCUCAGCUACAGGACCACCGGAUCCUAAACCACCUACGCUUGGCCUGUACAGUCGCUGCAUCCGAGUGUUUCAGCAUAAGACGGUUGAGUGUGGACCAUAUGCUGCAGACUUUACAGAGAUUGCAAGUGGAUUCUGGCAGGCCUCUAUUAUAUUCCUGGUUGUUGGGAUCUUCCUGCUGUCCAUAGUGGGAUUCCUCGCAGUCUUUAGCAUGUGCUUUCAGAGCAUCCUGGGGAAAAGCAUCUUUAAUGUGUGCGGCCUACUUCAAGGCAUAGCAGGCCUGUUCCUGAUGCUCGGACUGAUGCUUUACCCAGCAGGCUUUGGAUGUGAUAAAGUGGUCAGCUACUGUGGCCCUGAAGCUUCUCCGUAUAAACCAGGCCAGUGUUCAGUGGGCUGGGCUCUCUACACCGCGAUAGGAGCUACGGUGCUCACUUUCAUCUGUGCCAUGUUCUCUGCCCAAGCUGAGAUUGCCACCUCCAGCGACAAGGUUCAAGACGAGAUAGACGAAGGCAGGACGCUCGUCUGUGUGCUGUGAAAUGUCUUGUGUCUAUAGGAGAAAUGAUUCUCUCAGAGUUAUUAGCUCUAAGUUUACAUUGUUUUGCUAAGGCCGCAUUGCUGCGCUCGUUACCAAGACCGGUGCGGUCUUACACAGAGCUCUCUUUGUGAUAGAUUUCUGAGAGACUGUAACUUGAUGACAGAUGAGAGCAAUGAGAGUAAUAACACCUUUUACUGCACAAUCUCUUGAUUCUGUUUUUUUUUUUUUUUGCCAAAUUCUAAAUGCACAGUUACUUAUAAAAAGUAGUAUUUUAAAAAUGUAAUAGCUUGAUAAUACUGUAAAUCGUAUAAAAGGUAAGAAUUGUAGGCUAUGAAGUAUGAGCUAUGAAUAUAAGAAGAUGCCUAGCAGCUGUAUAUCAUACAUAUUAGGAACAUAAAUUUCACCUGAAAGUAAAAAUCACUUGGGAAUGUCCUGAGGAGCAUUAUCUGAGGUGAAGUUAUGAUUCUUCAGGUUUCAUUACCUUAGAAUCAAGGAAACCAGCAAGAACAAGUUUUUAUGGCUUCUGAAUUUCAUUUAUUCCUGUUUAUGUACUUCUAUUUAGCUCAAAUAAUCCACUUAGAGCUCAAGGAAGCACUAAUAUGUUGUAAUGAUUGUAUCCCGCAGUGUUAGAAACAGAGCGUUCUCUGUUCAUAAAGGUACAACAGCCGUGAAUGCGACAUCUGUAACAAUAUGUGAGCCCAUUUACCAAUAUUCUUCUUUGUUGCUAUUUUUUAUUUUUUUUUAAAGGUAUCCAGUCAUUCCUGAGGGUAGGUUUAAUGUUCCAGGAACAAACUCUGUAGAGUAGGUAAAACAUCAUUUAUUUUUUAGCUUUAUCUAUAUUUAGUUCUUUUUAGUUGUGAUGGCAACAGGCGACAUAUGUAGUGCAAAUAAAACAGAAUGCUGCAUUUCAUUCUUAUCAUUCUCACACACACGUUUGUCAAACUGUUUAAUGCAGGAGCUCAAUAGAUCUUUUUCUGCGGUCUCAUAUAACUCUUGCUGCCUUUAUUUUUUUUCCAUGUAUUUGUUAUAUUAACAAACAUAUUUUGUAUUUUUUUUAUAUCUGUUGCUGUGCUUUUAGUAAGCAGUAUGAAUUAAAAUUUUAGAAUAAAA